AUGGCGACCGCAAAGCAGGGAGGCGGUGGACAGGCGUUCAAGGAUAAAGAGAAGCCAGUCGCUGUACGAACAGCAAAUAUCACGGCUGCCAGAGCGGUUGCUGAUGCUAUACGGACUUCUCUCGGACCUCGUGGUAUGGAUAAGAUGAUUCAAACCGGCAAGGGCGAAGUUAUAAUCACCAAUGACGGAAAUACCAUGUUGAAGGACAUGGCCGUUAUGCACCCAGCUGCGAAGAUGCUGGUCGACCUUUCCGCAGCACAAGAUAUCGAAGCUGGUGACGGUACCACAUCCGUUGUCGUCAUAUGUGGUAGUCUACUAGGAGCUGCUGAAAGACUACUAUCAAAAGGCAUCCACCCAACUAUAAUAUCCGAAUCCUUCCAACGAGCCGCCGCCAAAGCAGUCGAAAUCCUUACCGAGAUGUCGAUACCAGUUGCUCUAACCGAUAAACCCUCGUUAUUACAAGCCGCUACUACAUCUUUGUCCAGCAAGAUUGUAUCGCAGUAUUCGAAUAUCCUCGGACCUAUUGCCGUAGAUGCCGUCAUGAGAGUUAUCAACCCUGCUACUGCAGAGAAUGUGGACCUGAACAACAUCCGUUUAGUUAAGAAAGUCGGUGGAACAAUCGAUGAUACCGAAUUAAUCGAUGGAUUAGUCUUGACCCAGCCGGUCUUGAAGGGAUCCGGUGGGCCGUCAAAGAUGGAGAAGGCGAGAAUCGGGUUGAUCCAAUUCCAGCUUUCUCCUCCAAAGCCGGAUAUGGAAAACCAAAUCGUCGUCAACGACUACAGGCAAAUGGACAAGAUUCUCAAGGAAGAGCGAACAUAUCUUCUCAACAUUUGCAAGAAGAUCAAGAAGGCAAAGUGCAAUGUGCUGCUUAUCCAGAAGUCCAUUCUCAGAGAUGCAGUUAAUGACCUAUCUUUGCACUUCCUUUCCAAACUUAACAUUCUAGCUAUCAAAGAGAUCGAGCGCGAUGAAGUCGAGUUCAUCUGCAAGAGCACUGGUUGCAAACCCAUCGCCGACAUUGACUCCUUCACCGAAGACAAACUCGGUUACGCCGAACUCGUCGAGGAGACCGAAUCCGCCGGUGCCCGCGUCGUCAAAAUCACCGGCGUAAAGGGCGCCGGUCAGACCGUCUCGGUUCUUUGCCACGGCGCCAACGCCCUCAUCCUCGACGAAGCAGAACGAUCCCUCCACGACGCCCUCUGCGUUAUCCGAUGUCUCGUCAAGAAGAAAGCUUUAAUAGCCGGUGGUGGUGCCCCCGAAAUCGAAGUAUCACGACAACUAUCCAUUGCCUCCCGUGCACUAAGUGGAACUGAAGCUAUCUGCUGGCAAGCGUUCGCAGAGGCUUUGGAGGUCAUUCCUACGACCUUGGCGGAGAAUGCAGGGUUGAACAGCAUUAAGGUUGUUACCGAGUUGAGGAGUAGGCAUGCCAGUGGCGAUAAGUUUGCAGGUGUGAGUGUUAGGAGGGGUGCGGUUACCAAUAUUACGGAGGAGAGAGUUCUGCAGCCGUUGUUGGUUAGCACGAGUGCGAUUGAAUUGAGCGCGGAAACUUGCAAGAUGAUCUUGAGGAUAGACGAUAUUGCACUUUCAAGAUAA